AUGUUUAACCCUACAAAGGGAGGAAGCAAUCCCAUAUCUGCCACGCUGUUCCCAUGUGCCAGGUACUGUGAUGAGUGCAUUACGGACAUCAUCUUCCUUAAUUCUUAUAAGCAGACUGGAUGUGAAUGUGGACAUUGUUCUCUUGCAGAGAAACCAGGAGUGUGCCCCCAUGAGAGGAUCACCUGUGAAACUAAAGUUCCAGAUUGGUGCCAAACUGAUGGGCACUGCGUGGAACAGAUGAAGUGCUGCUCAUUUGCCUGUGGGAAGAAGUGCAUGGAUCCACUCCAAGAACCCUGCAUGCUACCCUCAGACCAAGGAAACUGUAACAGUAAUAUCAUGCACUGGUAUUUUGACAAUAAACAUCACCUCUGCAAACCCUUUACCUAUGGAGGCUGCUAUGGGAAUGCUAACAACUUCAUCAGCAAGGAACACUGCAUAAUGGCUUGCACAUUAAUUGUCAAGAAAGGACAUUGCCCACUCUUCCCUUUCAAGAACCGUAUGGAGUGUUCAUCUCUGUGUAAGAGUGACAUCGAUUGCCCCCAAAGUGACAAAUGUUGUGAAUCCAUGUGUGGCUUUGUUUGUGCCAUGGCCUGGACAGGUGAGGACUGGGGGUAUACCUCCCAAAGUCUCCGGGGCAUAUGCUAAGGAUGUCAUGUUGUCCCAUGGAAUAGGAGAUACCCCUUCAGUUGACCUUAGGGGUCUCUUGGGAACUUUUCCUUUUUUAAUGCCCAAUCACUGCUCUUGUGUUGUCGUGCUGAUCUCAGGAAACUUAUUUGCUAGGCUUCAAAGACAAUCAUGCAUAGUAUCACUCCCUAUUUUUCCCCAUGAGAACUUAUUUAUUCUAAGUCGCAUCUUCAAUGGCUGACAGGUGACAAUACCCACUUAUUUGUACAAAAAGAAAUGAUAACCAUUAGGUACAUUCCUAAUAAGCCCUUAUGUCUGCACAGAACUUCAGAGCAUGUAGAGCAUAUCCACAUCCUGUAGGUAUGCUGGAGUAAUGAUUGGCAGCAAAAUUUUGUUGGGGUAGAAGUGAACUCUGUAGUUUCUGAGGUUAGGUCUCACUCCUUCAUGUAGUGCUGAGUUAGUAUAGUCUUGUCCCAGAGAUUGCUAGUGUUUUGAGGUACAGCACAGUAUGGUGGAAGACAUCCAAGUCCUUUCAACUGACUUCAACUCUUCUAUUCAUUUUCAUUAUGGCCGUAGACAACUCAUUUUCCCUACAUGAUCCUC